AUGGUACAAUACAGGGAGCCUGCUGGUCCGGAUCAUAAGUUGCUGCCAAGGACUCAAUGGGGGAUCAAUCUUGGUACCUGCCCAGUGAGCAAGGGGUGGGUGAUCAAGGAUGUGGUUUCGGGGAAGGUCACAAUCACCCGGGAUGUUAUUUUCUACGAGGAGGUGAGCUACCUGCAGUGGAAGGGGGUAGAGAAAGAGAUUGCAGCAGCAGGGACAGCAACUACAUCGGACAAGGUAGAGGAUCUCUUGGAAGAAAAGGAGAGUGAGGGAGUUGGUGAUGAAAAAGAUGAGGAGAUCGAAGAUGUGGAACGGGCAGAUUCAGUUGAUUGGGUGUGGGAGAAGGCACCAGCCAGGGAAGCGGAUGAAAACAAGGGAGUGGAGAUAGCAGGGGAGCAGCCAAGCAAGGAAGUAGCUGAGGGUGUCAACGAUGAAGUGGCUAGAGAAGAGAGAGAUGAAGAAUCAGCAGCUGAAGGAAGUAGCGAUCCCUGGAAGUUCCUGAAUAGUGGUGACAACCAGGCAGCAGAGAAGGAGAUAGAGGACUUACUUGAGGAGGGCGCCAUCGUGAUUGGAAGGGAAGUAAAGGAUGGAGAAGGGAAAGCAUUGACGGAUUCCAGUGAGGAAGAGGUCGAAUCAUCUGCAGAGGAGUUGGGGAAAGGAAAGAGGGUGAAGAAACCAAACCCUCGGUAUGCGCAACUGCUGAUGACGUGCUGGAAGGACAUCCAUACCCAUCUCCUACUCUCUGCCACAGCAACUGACCUAGUCUCCAAUGAAGGGAAACCACUUCUUUCUGCCGGCCACAGUGCCGGGAGCAAAGAAGCGGCGAGAGUGGAUUCAGGAGGAGCGGUUACAAUGAAUGCGGAGGGGAGGAAUGCCCACAGGGAAGGAGGGGGAGGCUGGGCGGGGAGCGCAGGGGGGACCCAGGUGGGGGAUGCGCAUGAGUGGCCGGUUGGUGGGAGAGCAAGCAAAGCGGAGGUGAGGGCAAGGCUGCAGGGAAGGAUCAACGCUAUACUGCAAGUCCGUCCCCACAGGCUGGAAAGCGUCACGCGCGAGAUCAACCGGGUGGUCUCUCAGCUGUCCUCCCAGGACCCCACUGCGACAGAGCUCUCCCUCUGUAACCUCUCCCUCGCCUUCUACCUCCACCUCACUCCCCUCUGCUACCCGCACUGCCUACCAGCCAUCACCACUCUCGACCUCCGCCGGGUCAACCCUCUCUCACCGCUCGCCAUGAGCCACCUCCUCCGCCUGCCCUCCCUCACCGCCCUUCACUUCCACGAAACUUCCGUCCAUGCAGAUGCCCUGCCGCUCUUGCAGUGCCUCCCUCGGCUCCACCGGCUCGUCAUCGCCUGCUUCCGCCCCUUUGACCUGCUUCCCAAAAACGUGCCAGCCAAACGCCAGGACAACCGGUCCCCUCUGUGUGAUCCUGCCAGCGAGCUCCAGCCAUUUGAGCCGUUUGAGAGCUUGAGGGAGCUGCACGUGAGCCGCGUGACAGACUCUCUUCUGCAGCAGGUGGGCGUGCUCACGAGUCUCGAGGCCUUGUCCUGCACGUGCAGCAAAGGGGUGAGUUCCAAGGGAUGGAUGCACCUCAGGGGACUGGUGAAGCUGAGGAGGCUGCAGGUGGCACCAACAAUCAUCACCCAGGACCCAGGAUCCAACGACCACCACUUUGGCAAUCCCUUCCAGGGCCACCGCUUUGGGCCCAAGCUAGUUGGGCCGAAGCUAGACUUCUCCAGGUCUCGCCUGCCAGAGGUAAUCAGGACCUUCCGAAAGGCCCCCCAGAAAGGAGUUGCCUGCGUGAGUGAAGAGCUUAGCAACCGCAUCGACGGGAGCAUAUGGGAGGUGGUGGGUGACCUAGCGGGCCUACAGCACCUGGAGGUGCACGCAGCACAGCCCAGCACGGCAGCACUGCGAUCCCUCUCCAACCUCACGCGCCUCACAUCCCUCCACAUCACAGACACGGUGCUUCACGAUUGUGACCUGCCGUACUUGACUCGCCUCUCCCUGCUCACCCACCUCAGCCUGGCUGCCUGCGCGUUCGCAGCAGACCGGGCUGUGACAUCGGUGGUCCAAGGCAUGACACAGCUGAAGGCGCUGGACCUGUCGGGAACGGCAAUCAGCCAAGGCGCUGCUGUGCAUCUGCGUGCGCUUGAGCGGCUGGAGUGGUUGAAGCUGCAGCAGUGCAGCGGCAUGAGCAGGCUGCUUGUGCAGCAUCUGAGCCGCAUUCCCUCGCUGCGGCAGUUGGACCUGGGCUGCAACAACAUGCAGCAUGCUUGGCUGCUGCCGGUUCUGGAAGGAAGGAAGGUGACUCGCCUUGGGGUAAGCGGGUGCGGGUUCGUGGAACGAACAGUGCGUGGGAUUCAGCGGGCUUGGAUUGAGAUCGACUCCCGCUGA